UGAUGCUCACAAUGGCCAAGGAGGCUCACAAAGCCUAGCAACUUAGCAAAUGCAAACUGAGCUCUGGAAAUGAAAGCUUCAGCAUGAUGACUCUCUAAAGUCAAGAGGAGACUAACGAUAUCCUAUGGUCAGUCCUCAGUAAGAUAACGCUCUCCAGCAAGAAGAGGUCUAAGGCUGAUGAUACACGGGUCAACUUUAUGAGCAAUUUUGCCAUGCAACUUUGUUGGAGCAGUGUUAAUAUUUUAGAUUAGUCAUGGGCCCUGUUUCUCACCUGAUUGCCCAUUGACAGCAACAUUAACCAAAGUUGCCCAGCAACAUUGUUAAAAAAGUCGCCCCGUGUAUCAUCAGUGGCUCACAGAUAACCUAGUCAACUUGGCAGACCUACUCUGAUUAAGAGCAACAAAGCACUCGGCACGUGACCUUACCAUGAACAUGGAUUUUAGAGAAGGCAUGAAACAAUAGCGCAUGCUCUUACCAUAAGCAUGGAUUUUAGAGAAGGCAUUUACAAAGGAUGUUCACAGAGAGCCUACUGUAUAACUCACAAUAGCUUUUGUGGCAGAGCUCUAAGGAGUGAAAGCCUGAAGAAAAGAUAACCCUCUAAAGUGGGAGGUUUAACAACUCUUACUGUAGAAAAGAAAGCUCACAGAGAGCCUAACAACUUAGGCUUCUACCUAACUACAGCACUUUUCUGUCCCUAAUUACUCAGAACUUGACACAUUAAGAACAAGGAGCCAAAAUAUGAAAACUUUUUGACUCGUCUGUGCUUUGCCUACAACCUCUGUGCUUAAUCCUGCCUCCCUGCAUAAUGGCAGCCAUAGGACCUGAUCACGGGGUGCAGGCACUCAACUCUUAUCCCUCAAGAGAGAAUCAAGCCCAAGUGGAACCAAUUACUGCGACUGCAUCACGCAAAGAGUGCAUUUAACCUCAAAACAUGCUAUUUCAAACGACAGAUUCUAUUACUCUUUAAAGAGUCAUCUGAGAACAGAUGCCAAUGAAUCACUGUAAGUGCCUUAAACCCCUUUGAGAACUGAACGUGCUUGUGCAAACAGGAACUACUAUCCCUCAGGAGACAGCAGAAAGGAAGAACUUCCUACCUGUCUUUCAUAGUAAGUCUUAUGAAAGCAUCAUACUUAGCACAUCCAGCUUGCUCAUAGAGAAGACAGCAUUCCACGCAAAAACUCAUUCCACAUCCCUAGAGAAUAGGAAUGAACUAAGCUUUCAUUGAGCUUUUCAUUUUUCAUUUUCAUUGAGAAAUCCUUUCAGUGCACCCAUUCUGCUUCCUUGGGAACUAAAUGCACACUGUAGUUAUUGUGUGUGGAUUACUUGUGAAUUUUAUGUUUUUAUCAGUUUGGACUCUUAUUGUAACGGCACCCAUUCACUGCAGAAGAUCAAUUGGUGAGCAAGUGAUGUAAUCUGCAAUCUGUACAUGAAGAAAAAAACGAAUGAGGAAGAGUAUAUGGGUACAUUUUUGUUUUGGGGAGAACUAUUCCUUAAAUGGAACGAUUUCUUUGUAAACAUAUAAUUUCAUGUAAAUAUAUGCUAUUUAUUUUUAUAAAAAUAUCUGUAGGCCAGAUAAACAUUUAAUUGAUGAAUUUUCCAAUAAGAUAAAAGUUGUCAGAAGUCACAAAGCUUUAUAAGUAAACCACAUGUAUAUCUGACUUGAAUCUCUCCCAUUACUUACUCAUUAAUGUUGCAUUUAUAUUAUGAAUUAAUCCAUGUCUUUUUUUGAGAAUGCUAAAGAUACCUGCCAGUUGGUGUCAUUUACCCAACAAAGCCAAUUUUAGACUCAUUUUGGACUGACACAACUCUCUUUUUUCCUCACAGGUGAGUACACUGUGAUGACGGCCCACUUCCACCUGAAGAGGAAGAUCGGUUAUUUUGUGAUUCAAACCUACCUGCCGUGCAUCAUGACCGUCAUCCUGUCCCAAGUGUCCUUCUGGCUGAACCGAGAGUCUGUUCCGGCCCGGACUGUUUUUGGUGUGACCACUGUACUGACUAUGACCACUUUGAGUAUCAGCGCCCGUAACUCCCUGCCAAAAGUAGCCUACGCCACAGCCAUGGACUGGUUCAUCGCAGUGUGUUACGCCUUUGUCUUCUCCGCCCUGAUCGAGUUCGCCACCGUCAACUACUUCACCAAGCGGGGCUGGGCUUGGGAUGGCAAGAGUGUGGUCAAUGACAAGAAGGAGAAAGCUUCAGUCAUCAAGAAGAACAACGCCUAUGCCGUUGCCGUAGCGAACUACGCCCCCAACAUCACCAAGGACACGGUCCUCCCCACCAUCGCCAAGGGAAGCAUAGCUGAACAGGGUAAGGCCAAAGCUGAUGGGAAACCAGCCGAGGCGAAGAAAACCUUCAACAGUGUGAGUAAAAUCGACCGCAUGUCCCGUAUCAUGUUCCCAGUUCUCUUCGGGACAUUCAACCUGGUGUACUGGGCAACAUAUUUGAACAGAGAACCCGUGAUCAAAGACAUGAUGCCCUCUUAUUAGACGAUGUCCAGGGAUAUGAUGGGAUCCAUUAAGCAGGACUAAAGACUAGGCCAAAACCACCCAGGGACUGAAUAUAUUCCCGCUUCGACGCUCUUUCCCAUCUGCUCCACACAGACGUGUCGUGGAUUGUUGCAAGAUGCCUUUCUAUCUCUCUCUCUCUCUCUCUCUCUCUGUCAUUCUUUUCUACAGCUUUUUCAGCAGUGCUUUUGAAAUGACAUUUGCCUUUGUAUAUAUGUAUGUAGUGAAAAUGACAUGUAAUGUUUAGUUUGACGUGUUUCGCUCUGUGAGAAUCUGACUUUGGACCUCUAUCUGUGAUAUAGAUUAGAAAAUUAUAGUGAUUUAUUUAUUUAUUUGGUGUAAAAGGUAAACUUUUUGUAAUGUGUUUGUUUUUAAGUAUCCUAUUCAUAUAUAUUUCUUUUUUUCUUUCUUUUUUUAAUAAGACCAAGCUCUUUUAUGCUCAUGGUCUGAUAUUUUGUGCUGAGCCCCAAACAUAUGAGAUCAACCGUUUACACACAUCACUGUAUCUUUACUGUAGGUGAUUUUAUUUUCUUCUAUUGAACCGGGAAUGUUCCUUUAACAGCAUUUUUGCAAGAUCUGUUUACUGUCAGAUUUUUGACUCUACAUCCCUUUAUAAAGGUCUGUAAUGCAGUAGCUUUAGUAGCAUCAGGGUUGUGUGAGAAGCUCAUUCAACCUGAACUCUGAAGUUAAGAAGAAAACACAAUUGCAUGCCAUAUUACUUCGAUUACUGUGUCCUGUUUUUUUUUUUAUUAUUAUUGAAAUAGGACACAUUAUGAAAGUAAUAUGGCAUGGUUUAUUCUUUUUUUUUCAGAGCUGGAGCAGUUUGUUAUAUUUUGAUGGAUAAGGAAUUAGGAAUACACAUUAUAGUCUUAAAGGAAUUGCUCACCUAAAAAUUUUAAUUUGCUGAAAAUCAACUCAGGUCGUCCAAGAUGUAUAUUACUUUUUUUCUUUAUCAGAACAUAUUUGGUAACAUUACAUCACUUGCUCAGUAAUGUAUCCUCUGCAGUGAAUGGGUGCCGUCAGAAUGAGAGUCCAAACGGCUGAUAAAAACAUCACAGGAAUCCACAAAUAAUCCACACCACUCCAGUCCAUCAAUUAAUGUCGUAUGAAGUGAAAAGCUUUGCAUUUCCAAGAAACAUAUCCAUCAUUACUGUGUUUUAACUUUAAACCAUAACAUUUGGAUUGUUCUUGCUUUUGUAGACUGCAGAUGAGGCAACUUUUUCACUGAAGAAAGUGUAUUAUUUUAAUCAUAGAUUUGUUUCUGUUUUUUACAAACAUUGUAUAUUAUAUAUAUUGUGUAUUGUACAUUAUGUAUUAUUGCAUAUUAUUGUGAUGAUGUUUCUAUCAGUUGUUUGGACUCUCAUAAUGACGGCUCCCAUUCACUGCAGACAAUCCAUUGGUGAUGUAAUGCUAUAUUUCUCUCGAUCUGCUCCAAUAAAGAAACAAACAAAUAAAUCCACAUCUUGGAUGGCCUGAGGGUGAAAUACUUUAGGGACAUUUUCAUUGUUUGUGUACUCUUACUUUAAGAACUAGCCUUAAGAAAGUAAGUUUCAUUCCAUAAAACUUUAAAUGUAACUGGACUUGGUGCUUCAUGAUUGUUCACAAAUGCACUAUUUUCUAGGCAUUUUUUUUCUUUCUUUUUUUAUUAUUCUUAAAUUAAUAAUAAAAAAAAUAACCUAAUAAAUGACCUUUCCUCAAACCUUUCCAUCGAAGAUGAAGUGCAUCAUUUUCUAUACUUUACUCCUUCUCCAGGUGUAAUGAGAAAACACAAUUAUAAGACAUCUGUAUAUGGCCUUCUUAAAGAGUGAAAACACUGUGGCUUUGUCGCACUUUAAGAGCUUUAAGCAGCCUGACACAAGCGGAGCUAUUCGUUUUUCAACUAAUUGCAGCUGUUUGGUGUUGCUAAUGAUGCAGAAAUGACCCACUUCAUCUUUCAUGCUGGAGCUAAGGAAAUUAGUGAACAUGUUAAACAAUUAUGUGUGUGUGUGUGUGUGUGUGUGUGUGUGUAUAUAUAAUCAUGAUGAUUUCAUGUUCAGUAAUAUCCUGAUUUCUCCACUGUGCUUUACUGUUAUUGGACACUUACGGAUGAUGAUUUUUUUUGGACCAAAAGACCGAAGUGCUUCAACUACUGCAUGUUUACUACAAGUUUACCCUCUAAAAUGAAGCUAAAUAUUCUUAAAAUUGAGUGUGUUACAAAAAAUUAUAUUGUAACUUCAUAUAAAUGUCACUGACUCUGAAUUCUGAAAAUUUAAAUUGCCUAUCACAGAGAUGACAACACAUAUAUACAUAUUUAUUUAUUUAUUUAUUUGUAUAUAUAUGUAAGGAAUAUUUAUGUAGGUGUUGUUGUACACUUGUGGGUGAUUUACCAUGAGCCUGUUUUAUGUUGUCUGUUUGUACAGUUUUAUACACAGAAAAAUAAGCAUUGCAGAAUUUUCAGGCAAGCUAUUAAGUUAUUUAUUUUAAGGAAAAGAUGUAUGAUUUUCAUUUAAGAAUGCUGCAGCAUUUUUGGCUGUAUAGAAAAUGAUCAAAUUGUUUCAGAAUGAUAUACAUACAAACAUAUAUAUAUUGUUUUUGUUUUCUAAUAUGUUGUUCUUAUUAAAGUGUCCAUAUAUGUUUCUCAGUAUUUUUAGCUAAAAUUUAUUUUAAAAUAUAUAUUUAUUUAAAUAUAUGCAUAUUAAUUUAUCAUCUUUAUUUAUCAGUAUUACUUGAUAUGCUAUCAUCUUUUUUUUCUGCAUGAUUUUAAUAUAGUUUGAAGCUCUGCUUUAAUUUCCACACUGCUUUGAUUGUAUUAAAUGAUGGUAGCAUCUUUGUUAUACAUAAACUGUAUGAGCAAUAAAAAAAGAAGAGGAGAACAUGUAAACUUCCUGGCAUGGAAAAGAGCUUUCCACACACAGAAUGUAUAGCUCUCUGUCAUUGUCCUGCUGAAAGACGAUGCAAAUACAUCCUGAAUGAAAGUUUCAUGUGCUGGUUCAUGUUUUCAGAUGGGAUGUUUGAAUAUUGUAGGUGAUUUCUUUCUUGAUAGGUGCUACAGUACAACUGAUAUGUCAAUCAGCUUUUAAUGAUAGCAUUAUUAUUUAAUGUAUUGCAUUCAAAAAUUAAAUUUUGGUCGCAUUUAGGCCACUUACAUGAUGCUCUAAACCCGUAUGCUGUUAUAUUAUUUUUAUUUUAUUUUUUUGCAUUUUUUUUUAUGUGUACUUUUUGGAGUUUGGACAGACAUGAUUACUAUGAAGCUGCAUGAAGAUCUUUCAGAAAAUCUUAUUUUGCUCUUUUCGGGCAAAAUACUUGCAUACAGGUUUGGAACAACAUGACGGUGAGUAAAUGACAGCAUUUUCACUCUGGGUGAAUUAUUCCUUUGAUUGAAAAUGUGAGGAAGAAUCAAUGAGUUGUAUGUCUUUAGAAAUGAAUCACCAAGGCCGGCUAAGUACUCACUAAUGUCUGUUAUAUAAUUAAUAUGUUGUUUCCUAUAAUGUAAAUGUGAAUUAAGGCACACGACCAACAACUGAAUCGCUUUAGUCCUUUAACUGCUGGGACUCAUUUUCUAAAUAUUGGUACUUUCUCUUUCAAACCUCAUUCUACUUACUCUUUCAACAGCUUCUUGCUAAAUAAACAACUGGAACAAAUA